AUGAAUUAGGAAGGCAUUAUGGACAAAAAAGAGAUGAAAGAAAUUAAGGGAGAACUUAAAGUAUUUAUUUUAUAAUUUUUAAUAGAAAGGUAAUUUAAGUAGUGAUUAUGAUAAAUAAUCAAAUAUAAAAUACAUUCCUAAAGAUGAAAAAUAAAAACAUUUAAAUCUGGAUAAACAAAAUAAAAACAAGCAGAUAUUUUAAAAUAAUAGGAUAAUGAUUAACAAAAAUAAUAUCAAAAAACUAAAAAAUAAAAAUAUUACAAAAAAUAUAACAGGAGUAAAGAGAUUAGGUUUAAAUUAAAGACAAUAAUAAAAAAGGUAACAAAUUCUAAGAAAGAAAAGGUGAUACAAUGUAAUAUUAAAAUCAAGAAGGAUAAUCAAAUUAGUAAUUAGUUUCUAAUUAAGAAUUUCAAAAUUCACAACAGCCUAAUGAUUAUAAUUAGCCAUUCUGUUAUCCUUAUAAUAAAGGGUAAUAAAAUAAUUUUUAGUAAACAAAUGAUGAUAAUAAUAAUAAAUUAUAAACCAAUGAUGAUAAUAAUAAUUAAUAUGAAAAGAAAAAUAAUAAUAAAAACUAAGAAAAAGAAUAUCCUACUAAUUAGAAAUCGAAAAAAGAUAAAAAAAUAAAAACCCACAUAAAUUAAAAUUCAUCAAAAUAGAAACAUAAAUUCAAUAAUAAAGGGAUUAAUAAUGAUGAUUUAGUUGAUGAUUAUUAGUAUAAAAAUGAUUAGGGAAAUUUAAAGAAAAAGAACAAUAAGGAUUAUGGACUUAGUUAAUAUGACAUAUAUGAAAAUGACGAUAUAAAAAACAAGAAUAGAGGAAAAUUUUAGAAUAAUAAUUAAAAUAGGAAAUAAGUUUUUAAAAAAUAUUCGACUGAAUAAUAAAUUGAAGAGGGAAAAGCUGAAAAUGAGAUUUUUGAAGGAAUCUUUACAGCUAGUGAAUAUACUAGAGAGAAGAGUGUUAUAAAAUGUCCAAUUUUUAAAUAGAAAGUACAUAUUAAUUGUAAUUUAAUUUUUCAAAAUAAUAGCAUUUGUUGAACCAAAUAGAGCAUUUCAUGGAGCUCUUGUUGCAUUCAAAAUUAUUAAUAUAAAAAACUGAAGAAGAAUCUGAUGAUGAUUUGGAAGAAGAUAUAACUGAAUAAAUUGCAAUGAAGAAUACUAAGAUUAAGAAGGAAAUUAAAUAAGAGAUUGUAGAAAAAGUAGAAAAUAAUAAUGAUUGUUAGAAUAGAAAUAAUAAAGAGGAAUAAAUUGAUGAUGAUAUAUCAGAAGUAUAAUUCAUUAGUAUUUUCAUAUUUAAUUAUGUAAUAAUUGUAAUAUAAAAUAAGUGUAUCAGAUCUAUAUAUUGUUAAAGAGAAGAUCACUUUAACUAAGAUUUAAGAAUUAUUAAAUGCAAAACUUAUAGGUAAGGUUGUUGGAAUAAGGAAAAAUCCAUUAGAAAAUAGAGAGAUAAUAGGAAAGAUAUAUUUUAAAGAAAAGUAUAAAUUAUAAGAUAAAUAAAUAACAAAUAAAUAAGAAUUAAUUAAUUAUAUAGAAUAGAAUUAUCAUAUCUCAUUUUAAUGUGUUAAUAAAAGAAUUCCAUUUUUUAAUGUUAAGAAAUUAAUUACUUUUAAUUAUGAAUUGGUUAAUUAGGAACCUUUAUAGAAAUUCAUGGAUUAUGUAACUUAAAGAUAUUUUUCAGCAAAAUACGUAUAAUGGGCCAUANAGAAAUCGAAAAAAGAUAAAAAAAUAAAAACCCACAUAAAUUAAAAUUCAUCAAAAUAGAAACAUAAAUUCAAUAAUAAAGGGAUUAAUAAUGAUGAUUUAGUUGAUGAUUAUUAGUAUAAAAAUGAUUAGGGAAAUUUAAAGAAAAAGAACAAUAAGGAUUAUGGACUUAGUUAAUAUGACAUAUAUGAAAAUGACGAUAUAAAAAACAAGAAUAGAGGAAAAUUUUAGAAUAAUAAUUAAAAUAGGAAAUAAGUUUUUAAAAAAUAUUCGACUGAAUAAUAAAUUGAAGAGGGAAAAGCUGAAAAUGAGAUUUUUGAAGGAAUCUUUACAGCUAGUGAAUAUACUAGAGAGAAGAGUGUUAUAAAAUGUCCAAUUUUUAAAUAGAAAGUACAUAUUAAUUGUAAUUUAAUUUUUCAAAAUAAUAGCAUUUGUUGAACCAAAUAGAGCAUUUCAUGGAGCUCUUGUUGCAUUCAAAAUUAUUAAUAUAAAAAACUGAAGAAGAAUCUGAUGAUGAUUUGGAAGAAGAUAUAACUGAAUAAAUUGCAAUGAAGAAUACUAAGAUUAAGAAGGAAAUUAAAUAAGAGAUUGUAGAAAAAGUAGAAAAUAAUAAUGAUUGUUAGAAUAGAAAUAAUAAAGAGGAAUAAAUUGAUGAUGAUAUAUCAGAAGUAUAAUUCAUUAGUAUUUUCAUAUUUAAUUAUGUAAUAAUUGUAAUAUAAAAUAAGUGUAUCAGAUCUAUAUAUUGUUAAAGAGAAGAUCACUUUAACUAAGAUUUAAGAAUUAUUAAAUGCAAAACUUAUAGGUAAGGUUGUUGGAAUAAGGAAAAAUCCAUUAGAAAAUAGAGAGAUAAUAGGAAAGAUAUAUUUUAAAGAAAAGUAUAAAUUAUAAGAUAAAUAAAUAACAAAUAAAUAAGAAUUAAUUAAUUAUAUAGAAUAGAAUUAUCAUAUCUCAUUUUAAUGUGUUAAUAAAAGAAUUCCAUUUUUUAAUGUUAAGAAAUUAAUUACUUUUAAUUAUGAAUUGGUUAAUUAGGAACCUUUAUAGAAAUUCAUGGAUUAUGUAACUUAAAGAUAUUUUUCAGCAAAAUACGUAUAAUGGGCCAUAAAUAGCCAAUAUCCAAUGGCUGAAUUGAUAAAAGAAAUAGGAGUACAAGGAAAUAUUGAUGUGGAAUGUGAGGCAUAUAUAUAUAUUAACAUAGAAUUCUGUAUAUGAAAAUGAAUUUUCAGAGAUUUGUAUGGAUGAAAUGAAGGCAUUUAAUAAUGAUUCAAUAACAAAGGAGAGUAUAAAGAGAAUUGAUUUAACAAAAGAAUAUAUUUGUAGUAUAGAUCCUGUGGCUGCCAAAGAUAUAGAUGAUGCAUUUGUAUUAAUGAUUUAGGAAAUGGUAUUUACGAGAUUGGAGUACAUAUUGCAGAUGUUUCUCAUUUUGUCAUUCCUAAUAGUUAAGUAGAUAAGGAAGCGAUACUUAGAACUACCUCUGUUUAUUUAGUUCAUAAAGUUAUACCAAUGUUACCUAGAAUUCUUUGUGAAGAAUUGUGUUCAUUAAAUAAAGAUGUUGAAAGAUUAGCAUUUUCUGUAUUCUUUAGAUUCAAAAGUGAAGGAGAAGUAUUAUGGGAUAGUUUUAGAGGUGCUAAAUCAGUUAUUAAGAGUUGUGCAUAGUUAAGUUAUGAAAUUGUUAAUUAAAUAAUUGAAGGUGAAAUAUAAUAGUUUAGUUAAGGGGAUUAGAAGUAUAAAGUUGCUGAAGGAUUUGAAGAAAAUGUAUUGAAAGAUAAGAUUUUAUUGUUAAAUACUAUUGCUUAAAAGAGAAGAACAAAAAGAUUAGAAGGAUCAAUAACAUUUGAAAAAAGCAAAUAAAGAUUCAUUCUUAAUUCUGAUUUAUAUCCUAUAGGUUAUGUAGAAGAAAAAAGAGGACUUGCUUAAUUAUGGUAGAAGAGUGGAUGUUGUUGGCUAAUUAAUUUGUUGGUAAGAAGUUAAUUCUUAGAUAACAUAUACCACCUAAAGCUGAAAAAAUAGAAUAUUAUAGAAAUCUAUUAAAAGCUUGUGGAUUAAAAGAAAUGGCUGAAAAUUUAGAUGUAUCAUCAUCUAAAAGUUUGAAAUUAACUAUGGCUAAAGUUAAUGAUAUUUAAUCUGAACAAAUUAAAUUGAUUUUAGAAUUCCGUCUAUUAAAAUUAAUGGAAGCUGCUCAAUAUUUUGUAGUUGAUGAUAUUCCAGAAUUAGAAUGGAGACAUUAUGCCUUAGAUUUUGAUGUAUAUACAAAUUUACAUCACCAAUACCAGAUAUUUUAGUACAUAGAAGAUUAUAAAUUGCUCUUGAAUAACAAGAAAUUGAUCAAACUCUAGAAACAAGGAAUAAAUUAAAAGCAAUUAUGUAACAUUGUAAUGAUUGUUAAUUAAAUUCAAGAAGAGUUAGUGAUUAAUGUGAUUAAGUAUAUUUAAUUAAUAUAUUCUUUAGUUAUUUUUAGCUUUACACUUAAAGACUAAUCCAGUUGAAGUAGAUGGAUAUAUUCUAUGUAUUAGUUAAUAAUAUAUCGAAAUUACAAUCAAAUAGAAAUAUUAUUUAUGUAAUUAUUUAUCUUACUGUAUUAUUCCAAAAUAUAAUUUAGAAAGAGUAUAUAUAUAUUUAUAUAUUAAUAUUAUAGAGAAUUGAUUUAAAGAAUCUGAAAAAUAUAUAUAAAUUUAAAGUUUAGGAUGUAGGAAAGAAUAAAUAUGAAUAGAUAGUUUUCUAUAAUGAUCCUAAUGAUGAAAAAGGUAUUAGAUUAUAUUUUGUAAAUGUAAGUUAUUUUAUUAUUUUAAUAGCAAUUUUAAUUAGUAAAAAUAAAAUUAUCAAGUACUGAUACAUUCCCAAUAGAUUAUUAAAUACAAAUAAUUAUUAAUAAUAAAGUUUUAAUUUGAUUUGUAUUUAUAUAAGUCACACCAGUAUUUAAUUAUAAAACAAUAAUAUUUUAUAAUACCUAAAAUGUAGCUAUAAGUUAAAUGCAAUGAAUAAUCAUGGACAUUCAGAAGACCUCUGGCUGAACUAUCCAUUAAGAAAAUAGUAAAAAGACUUCCAUAUAGAAUAAGUAAUCUCCCAAAUUUAUUCACACUUCAAUAUGAAGACUUUGAUGGAGAUAUGAUUGAUGUCACAUGUGAUGCUGACUUAUAAACCAUAAGGGAAUGUUAAUUCAAUGAUUAAGUUGUUACAUUGUAAAUAUUUAUUCAUUUAUUCAAGAUAUGUACAAGAAGUUUAAUAAGGUGGAUUUAAGAAGGAAUAAGUAUGUCAUAGAAGAGAAAAUAGAAAAGAACAUAUUAAAUAAAUUGUGAACCAAAGAGUCAUGGAACUAAUUCCUGAAAUUACUAAGCAAGUCAAACUAUCAAUGGCAACAGAUGAUAUUUAAAAAAAAAUAGAAACAUUAUCAAUUCAAUAUACAAGCAUUAAUGAAGUCAAAGAAGUUAAAUAAGUAGUCCAUGAGAAAGUAGCUUGUGAUGGAUGUGAAAUGUUCCCUAUUGUAGGUACUAGAUAUAAAGUAAUUUAUUCAAAUUAUAAUAUAGUGUGCCGUAUGCAAGGACUUUGAUUUAUGUGAGAAAUGUGAAGAUCUAGGAACCCAUGAACAUGCUAUGUUAAAGAUUAGAAAACCAGAAUAAGCUCCUUCAAUUAUCGUAACAGCUAUUGUAUUUAAAUAUUUAAAUAAUUAGGGUGAUAAACCAGAUUUACCAUAAGGAAAUAUCUUAAGAAGCUAAAUCUAUUAAAUCCUUUAAUCAAUGCAAGUUCAAGAUUAUACAUCUAUACCACCAUUCCAAUCAGAUAUUUCAUCAAUUUAAUAAGAAUAAUAAUAAUAAUAAUAAUAAUAAUAAUAAUAAGGAACUAACUUAAAUAGAUCCAUUAAUCCUAUUAUUAUUGAAUUGUGUGAAUUAUUAGCAAUUAGACCAGAAGUAGCUGAAACAUUGAGAGAUUUGUUCCCAAAUUAAAGUGCUUAGGAAAUUAUGGAAAUUAUUGGAGAUGACCUAGAAUACUUGAAUUCCCUUCAAAGAUCAACCAUUUGAU